AUGUCUUCCCGAUUCCCCCCAUCGUCCGGGUUCAAUUCCCGUGACCGUUCUCCGCAGCGAUUCGGAGACCGUCGCCCCCCGAUCGGUCCUCGUGGUCCUGACGAUGGACCUGCACCAUUCGGUAGAGAUCCACCGCGUGGUCCUCGGGCCCUUGUUGACUCCCCUCGUGGUGGCCAUUUUGGUGGUCGUGGUAGAGGUUAUGGCCGUGGUGAUUUUCGUGACCGUGACCGAGAUCUACGAGACCGCGACCGAGACCGCGACUUUCGAGAUAACCGCGAUGGCCCGCCGUUUCGCCGAGAUAUGGACCGGGACUGGGCUCGCCGCGACCGCGAUUUCGAUCCCCGAGACAACCGGAUUGGCUUUGGUCGAGGCCGCUCAAGAUCACCGACGCGCGACUUUCGGGACAUAAGGGAGCCUCCGGGGCGCGAUUUUGAUUUGGUUCGGAUGCGACGCAACUCGAGGGAUAGUAUCAUAUCCGCAUCUUCGGGAGGUCCAGAGGGUCCCCCUCCCAAUGUUGGCCAUAUACACCGAGGAGGCAUGCGAGGGCGUGGUCGCGGAGAUUGGGAAGGAGGCCGCGGUCGUGGUCGUCCACCCUUCCUCGAUGAUCGUGAUCUUUUCCGUCGCCGCAGUCGAUCCCGUGAGCCAUGGCGUGGACGUGAUCGGAUGGUGGAUCGCGAUAGAGAUCGAGACAUGGACCGAGAUCGUGCAUUAGAUCGCGAUCGGAUGAUGGACCGAGAUCGUGAACGAGACCUUCCACGUCCGAGAGAUCGAGAUCGAGAAUUAGAUCGUGAUUUGGACCGUCGAGAUCGCUUUGAUCGUCGCGAAGAUUGGGACAACCGACGACCUGAUCGCGAGGACCGUGAUCGCCCAGUGGACUUCUGGAAACGAGACCGCCCCCCAAGUCGCGCAGAUAGCCGCGCAGCUAGCGGUUCAACCACUUCUUCACAUCCUCCCACAGCACCCGGCCCUGGACCCGGACCAGCCCUAGCAGAUCGCCUGUCUGACCAUCCCCAAGUGGAUCAUGGCCGGAAACCAACUAUUCCUGGCACGGCGGCUCUGGAACCUACGCGAGAUCCCGAGCGAAACGACACUGUCGCUGUUCGAACUAGUGCUGCUCGUCCUGAUGCUAUCCGCCCUGAUACUGUUCGACCGGAUGCUGCUCGACCAGAUAUUGUUCGCGCUGAUGCUGUUCGCCCAGAGGCUAUUCUCCCGGAGGCUGCUCUCCCGCAGGCUGUUCGACCAGAUAUUGCUCGCCCUGAUGCUGUUCGACUGGACGCUGCUCGACCAGAUAUUGCUCGCCCUGAUGCUGUUCGACUGGACGCUGCUCGACCAGAUAUUGCUCUCCCGCAGGCUGUUCGACCGGGCGCUGCUGAACCAGAUAUUGUCCAGCCAGAUGCUGCUCGUCUGGAAGCUAUUCGCCCCGAUGCCAUGAAGAGCCCUGGACAUAUUAUUCGGAACUCACCACCUCUAGCCGCCCCACAGGUGCCUGCCUUUGGAUCAGUGCCUGCCUCAAUCACGAAUGCUUCCUCACACAAAGAUUCUCCAGACCAACGCACGGUGACAAGCUCUACUUUCUCCACAGAGAGAGAGCGCUAUGAGGCCCGGCAACGACAACCUGUCCAACCCCCUAAAGGACCCAAGGCAGAAAGAACCGAGACCACACAGCUUCUUGAGCCUCGCAGCCGCUUCGAAGGACUCAGGGAGGCUGGCAAGCAGCAAGUUGCGUCUGCUCGCCUCUCCAAACCAUCUAUCAACUUACCUGAUGUAUCACCACCUACCGCUCCAGCUGCCAUGAGUCGGCCAGAUCCGGGGAUAGGACCCAAUGAAGGAUUUGGGGCUGGGAGGUCGAAUUCACUCACCUCUUCCCCUACUUUUGCACGAAUUCCACCGCCUGCCCCACGUGCAUUAUCCCGGGAACCGUCUAUGUCGCCUCGAAUGCAACCGUCUGGCAUUCCAACCGGCCCUCGAGCAUUGCAAUGGAAGGAUCCCUCCCCGCGUGGUCGCAAAGGCAGCAAGCAAUGGGUGCGACCUGGCUACGGUCGAACACCUUCUAUUCCUAAUGCACUGCCGAAGCAAGAGCCCGUCGAUGAGAGCGAAGCUGUUUCCCCUGCCAAUGAAGCCACGCGCCCUCUACUACCACCUGCUAUAGACGAGCCCGAGAGUGGCGAGAUUCUCCCCUGCGAACCUGCGAAGGAACCCUCGUCUGUUUCCCCAUCAUUGAACCUCCCAUUGCGGCGUAGUUUAUCUGCUGUCGACACUCAAACAAGCGAUGCCAAUGAACUCUCUGAGCAGGGCGGCACUGAUCAACCUGCCUUGAUACCAGACUUUGAAGGUUCGAGUGAUGAGGAAGAUGGGGAGAAUAUUGUCUUUACCCAGGAAUAUCUUGAUGAGAGAAAGCGGAUUUUUGAAAAAGAUAUGGAGUCACUCCGAGCUGAAUUGCCUCCAUCGCCUUUGGAAGAUUCCGCCAUUGUCGCCCUUUUGCUUAAAAUCCAGCUACUGGGCAUGAUAGCCAACGAGCAGAGAGUUGAACCUUCCCCCGAGUCACUCGCCGAACAAGUGGCAGAACGGCCAAUGGAUCCUUUGCCUUCAGUAGAGGAUGAAGAGCCAGCCGAUUCUCCAAGUACUGAACGAGUAGUCUCUUUUGCUCCUACAUUAUUUGAGCGUGAAACAGAGCCAAUUGCUGAAACUAUUAUCCCCCCUGUGGUACCUCCUGAUGAGGUUACUGUCGAAAGCCUUCCGUUCUUGCACUCAGGUUCUCCAACACCUAUUUCAGAUAUGGAUGUAUACCAUGAGAACAUUGCGACCCAGAAUCGUCUCAGAGACGCGUUCAGCACGGAACUUUCAAAGGAGCAAGCAAAAGUUUUCAAGAAAAACGCACUCCUUAGGGCCGAGUACGUGUCUCACUAUAAGCUCUGGCGAAUGGCUAUUUGGGAGCUCGAUCGUAUGAAGGACAAGAAGUCCGUGACUCCUGGUCCAGCCUCUCCCCCAGUGUCCACAGUUCCAACUACCCCGGCCCCCAUGCCGGAAGGUCGUGAAGGUCGUCGCUACAAAGGGAAUAGCGAGCUCGAUUUUCUCAAUGCUCUGAAAGCUUCCGAAAUCUCCGCCCAAGAAGAGCUCGAACGUCGACGAAUCAAGAUGGCCACAGCUCGGCCUGAUCUGGGCCGUGAAGCGAUCAUUCCAAAUAUGCUUGAACCACGGGAGGUAAAGGCCCGCAUCUACAAAGAUGUGAACAACACCAUUGAGUGCAAUAGGGCUCUGGAUGUUUUCGGAUUCGUGCCGCCCCCUAAUGACUUCACCCCGGAAGAGCAUAUGAUCUUUACGGACGCCUUCAUGGCACACCCAAAACAGUGGGGCAAGAUUGCCGAAUAUUUACCGGGUCGCAAUUUCCAGCAGUGUAUCGUACACUAUUAUCUCACCAAGGAAGAGAUCAAGUACAAGGCCAAGCUCAGCAAACGCUGGAGCAAGCGCAAGGGGACUCGAAAAGGUCCACGACCGAAGUCCAAUGCCCUCAUCGCAGACCUGAGUGUAGUGAAACCUGACUUUGUUGGCGAGGAGGAGCCACCAGCUGUCACAGACACUGGUCGUCCACGACGUGCGGCCGCGCCCACUUUUGGAAACGAAUCCAUUGAGAUAGAGAGCGUGCCAGUUACCCGUCGCGGACAGCUUGGCAAGGAUGGUGAACCAGUUGAAAGAUCAUCGUCUCGGCGUGGUGGACGGGGUGGGGGUACUCGUGCUGCACGGCGCGCUAAGACCACUGCUCAAAUAGAUCCGAAGACGCAGGCAGCAAUGCCGCAGGGCAAUCUGCCUCCAAGUGUGCCGCCAACCCCACUUCAUCCUGGAAACGAGAUGGAACUGGUCCCAGAUCACAUCCUAGAAGGGUAUGAGUCCCGGGAACGAGAGCACACCGAAAAGGAAUCCUUACCACCAAUUCCGCGGAGCAGGGUGGGGCGUGGGCGAGCAAAAGAAGGAGUUUAUGUUUUUGAGUCUACUGAAGUUGAACCGCCUCUAGCAAGCAAACAGCUCGAGACGGGGUAUGGAUCUUUGCAGCCAACGAGUUACUGGUCUGUCCCGGAGCAGCGCGAUUUUCCAGCCUUGCUGGGACAUUUUGGUCGUGAUUUUGAGGGUAUCUCGAGCUGGAUGAAGACCAAAACAACGGUGAUGGUCAAAAACUUCUAUCAACGCCGCCUGGACUCCGGCCAGAAAGACUUUGAGUUGAUUCUAACGGACGCAGAGGAGAAGAAAGCUCGCGGCGAGCCCACAGGGCCACUUCCUGUCCCAAGUGUUGCGCCAAAGCGACGAUAUGAGGCCACUCCGUCUUCUAUCAUCCCUCGUCCACUUGCCCCUCAUGGGGAUCCCAUGUCCGAGGUCGAUGAAAUACGAUUCCCUAAAGGCAAGCCUGUUGGUCUAUCACCCCAGCCCAUGUCUCUCCAUGGGCGACCUCCGUCUGAGAAGGAGCGGAAUGUUGGUCGCUACCAGCCACUCGCACAAGCCUCUGCUGCUUCGCCAGUGCCAUCUACUGCAACUCUGAUUGAAGAGUCGACCCGGGCAAUUCGCGCGCAAGGAGGACCAUCUCACCGUAUCCAGGGUCCACGCCUUGGGUAUUUUACAGAGGAUAGACGAGACUCUUCGGUAUUGCCCCAUGCCAAUUCUCGUGCGCAAGAACUACCAAUAUCCUCCCGUCAUCCUAGCUCCAUGCCACCGGACAUGGCACGAAUGGAACCUUUGUCCGCACAGGCCUAUAUGCCUGCACAGCAGUCAACUUCUCUCCUUUCAUCGACCCACUCACGUCAUCCUAGCUUAACACAAACUCCCGGCUCACCAAUCCAGCAGCUCAGACCAGAACUCGACGUCUCGUCUGUUCACCGCGAUCCCUUUGCUCAAAGACCCUACUACUCACUCACAGGUCAACCCAUGGGUCUAGCCCAGUCGCCUCGCCCUGGGUUGUCACCAGUGAAGGAUGUUCCUCGUCCGAGUGCUACUCCCGCCCCCGACGCAACUCGUCAAGUGCCUGCCAAACGGUCUAACAUUAUGAGCAUUCUCAAUGAUGAACCCGAAGAGCCCCAGCCGCGCAAACGAUUUGCUAGCGAGCAGACUCCAUCGGUCCCUGGCGCAACCCCAGGCAUGAACCCAAGGCCCGUAUACCAGGCCAGUGGACCACCCCCUCGCCAUGAAGACACUAUUAUGUCAGGUAUGCCGCAAAAGCCUUCUGGUUACCCCCAGCAAAGUCAAUAUCAGCCAUCUUCUCGCGGUUAUGAGUAUCCUGGAUAUGGACCCCCUCCUGGUGGCUCGGGCACGUCAGCGAAUAAUGACUGGAUGGCACGGUUUGAUCCACGGGCGCAACAAACUCCGCCGCAGCCUCAAGCCCAAUCACUGCCAUCACAGCAGCAGCAAAGCGGCCGUCAGGGUUCCUAUUCAUCUUACGCGGCAACCCCGAGCCAAUCCUCAGUGCCUUUGACAAAUCUUCCCGCGCCAUCCCCAGCGCCGACUCCCCCGCCAACAAAUGCCUCUCAACGAUCGGCUUAUCCCAACGUUUUCUCCCAAGCCUCCUCUGCUCAACCGCCCAUGGCCUCUGGCUCCCGAGACAUGGCAUCGCAACCGGCUUCCUAUCGUCAAGCGUCACCUGGCCCGCGUUCCAGUAUGGCAUAUGGGUCGCGACAAGAUCCACCAACGCCAGCGCAGUCUUCGGCUAGCCUGUAUGGUAUGCAUCCGCGCCAGUCCGCAACGCCGAAUCCAGUACAGCAACACAGCUAUCAACAACAUGUGCAAACAAUGGUCAGUGGGUCACAUCAGCCGCAAUCCCACCGUUCGACACCUGUCAACUUACCCGGUGCUUCUUCACAGUACGGGCACAACACCCCUCCUCCCCAGUCCCAGGCUGGCCGGUCAAUGGCAUCGCUGGCGAGCCUCGGUCGUUCCUACACUCCCCCUUCGGCUCUACAUCCGUCUAUGAGCGGAGGCACCAUGGGCAGCUAUGCUCCUCAGUCAUCUGCGCCUGGAUCGAUACCGCCGCUUCAUCAACGACCUCUAGCAUCCCUGGGUGACACUGUCUCCACCCCGACACAUCACCGUGUCUACAGCCAUGGGUCGUCCCAAGGUGGAGUGCCGCCGCCAUCACAACCUCCUCGCUAG